GUAUUAUUGAACCCGAAGUAGCAGCGGAUUAAAUAUACAAAAAAGUUAUGGAAUUACAAUAAAACUCGUUUCAUGAAUUUUAAAUGUGCUUGACAUGCUAGCAAAGUGCUGGCAUACGGACUUUUUGCGACGUGAGAAAUAAAGAAAAUAGUUCAAAUAGACUAAUGAACUUAGUGAAAUCUGAAAUUACAUACGUGAAGCAUUCAACGUUACAUCUGUAAGUGAAGUAGAACGUUUAUAAACGCAAAAAACCCAAGUAUUAGAAAUCUCCAGUUACGCUGAAAUUCCAUAUCACGGAAAAAACCAAUAUAAAGCAGCAAUAUGUCGAGUCAAAACCCAGCUGCGUCGAAAAAUACAACAAACAAAAAUGAGAAAACGGAUAAUGUAGUCGGUUAUGAUUGUAGUAGUGCAUCUGCUGUUGCAGCAAGCAGUGAGAGCAAGGAAAGUUCUCAAACAAAGGAAAUAUUAAAAAAUAUUGACAUAGAUGAUCAGAUUCAUGAAAUAGACUCGGGUUUUUUGUCGGGUCCUUUAAGUUCUAAUCUCGAAGAAGAAGAGAAACAAAGAGAAAAUACUACAAACAACUUAAGCAAGGCAAACAGUGCCGACAAAGCAGCAGCCAACUCUAGGAAGUCACCUCAAAAUUCUUAUCGUCAAGAAGAGGUUGAGAAAGAGCUUUAUGUUUUUGAUUCGGGUUGUAUUGAGGAAGAAGAAUACCAAGAGCCCAAAGAUCAGUCUAUUGCACAACAUAACACGCAAUCGCGGCAGCAACAAAAUAGCACAGCCGUCGCUACCAAAAACACAACAUUACCAGAUACAGAAAUGAAACUUAAACACGAUGUGGAUGCUUACAUUUCUGAAAGAUUUUGUAAUCUUAUUUUACAUAAUGAACCAAUAAAUAACUUGAAUGCAUCGGGCAGAGUGGCAACGGUUGAACCCAUAGUAGCUACAGCAACAACGAAAACAGCAAAAUCUAAUCAAUUACCAGCAUGGGAACAAUACUAUCAACAAAAUGACGAGGGAGAUACCUAUCUUCACUUGGCAUGUUUAUCGGGUCAAGCAAAUAUAGUUUCCGCUCUAAUCCGUCUCGCUGUACACCCCUGCCUAUUAAACAUAAAAAAUGAUUAUGGCCAAACUCCGUUACAUCUAGCAGUGCUUACAAAUCAAAUAGGAAUUUUACGCAUGCUGUUACUCGCCGGUGCUGAGCCAAAUUUACGUGACUGUCAUGGAAAUACAGCAUUACAUCUUGCAUGUAUAUCUGGCGAUGAGGCAUGUGUUAGCGCUUUAACGUUGCCAUUUAGCGCUGCUGAAAUUAUGGAAACAUAUCGAAAGUAUGGUUUCAGACCAAACAAUAAAUUGUCAAACAAUUUAGAGAUUAGAAAUUACGAUGGUGAAUUCUGUGUUCACUUAGCGGCCGAGGCGGGCCAUUUGAAAAUAUUAAGCAUUUUAGUUCACUGCGGCGCUGAUAUCAAUGCAAGAGAAGGAAAGGGCGGCUACACACCGUUGCACAUUUCCAUUGAAAAGGGUAAUGAAGAGCUUUUCAAUUUUCUACUGGAUCAAUGCAAACAGAAAUUGGAUUUGGAAACAACCACGUUUGGUCGUCUAACUGCAUAUCAAUUUGCGUGCAUUUUGAAGCGAUCGAAAAUGCAAAAUAUUUUAGAAAAGCAUGGCGUCGAACCGCUCACACCGCCAGACAGUGAAUAUGAAAGUAGUGAGGAUGAUUCCGAAUAAAUGCAAGCAUAAACCUUGCUUCUUCUCACAAAAAAGUUCUAUGUUUUAGUAGAACCAAAUUAUAACUAACAUCAUAUUUUUCAACAGCAUAUGUAAAUAUCCAUAUGUACGCACUCAUUAUAGAAAAUAGAACUUUUACUAAUUUGAUAGCGUUAUUUCCUAGUCGAAUCAUUUGUACUUGUAAAUGCUGCUGACAAUCUAGCCAGUAGGACUUAUAACUAUUACAAGUGUUUAAAUACAUACAUACGUACAUAUUUUUGCGUUUGUCGAAGAGUUAAUUAUGUCAUUAAAAACAAUUUAAUCUGUGUUCGUUGUUAUAAAUACGGGUGGAAAUGAGUUUUAAAAUUUAAGUUAAUGUGUAUAAAAAAAAGUAAGCUAGUAUGAUUUCAUCUAUGUUAUAAAUGUUAUGCUGUCAUUUUUAAAUAUAUUUUUCAUAUUUAAACAUUUGUUUACCGUUCGUAUAAUCUGACCGACAUUGUCAGCCGAUUUAGUAGUAAAAUUAAUUCAAUAGAAAUAUAACUGAUGAGUUUACACGUUCUCAUAAUCCGAGCAAACACAGUUUCAAACGUUUGAGAAAAAUGUAUUUCUCAAUUUGAUAUCAAAUGUUUUUCUCAAAUGAUUCUCAAAUUGAAAGCGAGGUUUAAAUUUUACAUUUGAAAUUCAUUUGAGGUUGAUUUGAAGAAAGAUGACAAGUAUCAAACGUUAUAAAAAUACGCA